AUGUAAUCUGCUAAUACCCAAACAUAUGCUUUAAAAAAUAUUUUUAAUGAUAUAAUAACAUUGAGAUCAAGAGGAACAUCAAUGUAGAGAUUUCAAGAGAAUAAUAAUGUUUAAUUGCUAUUUACAAACUAGAAAUUACGUAAACAAUUAGCAGUCAGUAAAUAAGGCAGUGAAGGGAAUAUUGCAGUAAGCAAUAGAACACACAAUAAAAUGCCUACUUUAAAAAUAACUACUCGCAUUUACAAUAAUUAUUUACUUAAUGGUGGUAGACCAAACAAAAAGAAAUCCCUUCCUAUACUUCAGAUAUCACCAAAACAAUUGCCAUUAUUUUUAAUACCAAACAGCAAAUCAUCCUCAUAGAAGGCUUGUACCACAAGAACUUGUUCUUAAGCUGAUUUAAAGAAAUUUUAAUUCAAAACACUAUUUAAUGAUAUAUGA